AUGGAGCUUCUACCUCGCCGGGCCUUCUUUGCGCUCUUGGCUUUAGGCAUCUGCACGGUCAUCCAGACAAGCGCAGCAAUCGUCCCUCCCGUGUCGGCAUCUCACAACUCUUCUACAGUCGCCACCGUCGCCACCACAGCAUCGGCGCCGAUCAGCAUUCAGACCGCCCCUUCGGAACCGGAGCCGUUGUGGGGGACGCAGAGCAAUGGAUGGGUGUAUGCUGCUGGGGUGCAUCCAAUGAGAGUCUCUUACAUGGGAGGGGCAGAGUUGGAAGGGCUGCCAGUGGCCGCCGGCGUUGACAUGGGUGAUGUCACUCAAUCGUCAGAGGAUGGCGCUCAACCUCGGCCGUCUUUGGCCUCGUCGGCCGCCUCACCACCCUCAUCCACCGGACCGCCGCAGCUGGCUUCUCGCACGUCCAACUCGAUGCAAUUGCCAGCAAAGGUCGAGCUUGAGCCAGCGACUUUGCAGUCCCUAGAGCCCGCUCGGCCUUCGCCUGCGCAUAGUCAAGCGCGUCGGAAACGAAUCCAAGAGCGUUUGGCGCGUCGAAGGCGGUCGAGAGAGCGCAGGCAAUCGCAGAGGACCCCCAGCAAGCGAGCCAAGGUUGUCAGGUCUCGCAAGCGCUCGUGCCAUGUGCAGUCCGCACUGAAGCAGACCGCCUCCGCCACCUCUUACACCACGCCUCGCGAUACGGUCUCCGCAACCAAGCCAUCCGCGCCUCGACCGUGGCAAUCUGAAGCCGCUAGUUCUGCGUGGGCUGUACCUACUGCCAAGGUCGCAACUUCAAAUUCCGUCGAGUCGUCGGCUACGCGUCCCUUGACACUCAAAUCGCAAGCCAGCGAUCUGGCGACGGCCCCUUCUGCUCUCGUCAUAACCUCGAACAAUGCCAACUAUGGACCAGGAGAGGUACGACAAGAUCUGCGAAAGAUUAUGAAGUGGGCGUAUGAUGAGGGCAAUCUAUCUUCUGCUGAAGAAGAUGAAGUCAUCGCUGCAGUGCUGUCAGCUUCCGCGAGGUACUUUCCAGAGGUGCCCACCAGGGCAAUGUGCCGCAUCAUGCUGGCCGACAUCAAAGCGGAGAGCGAUUUCCAGCCUAGACUUUCGAGCGCAGGGCGUCUGGAUUCAGGAGCGAGCUUAGGUCUGCUCCAAGUCUCUCCCGGGGGCGGAUCGCAAGAGUUGACACUGUGGAAGACGCACGCCAAGGUCAGCGCCAAUACCUUUUCUUGGAAUCGCGAUGCGGGAAAUGGUGCUGGUGCGCUUUUGGAUUGGCAGACGGGCAGUCAAAUGAAGUUGUCUGCACUGAGCAACAGCGAUGUCUUGCGACCCUGGGUAAACAUCCACCUGGCCAUGUGGGUGCAGAGCAACAGUGCUCGUACCUCCUCGCAGGACCCAUACAAUUGGGCGGCAAUUUCUGCAGCCUCUGCCACCUCUUCCAAGGGAAACAGCGCCAAGGUCAACAAGUUGCUUGUGGGGGCCGGUCUGAAUAGGUCUGUCAGGACCGGUCUGGGCACUUGGGUCGCUGGCGCUGCUACAGAUGGUGCUGGUAGCUACAAGCAGAAGGGAGAUGAUAUUUCGGAACAGUACAUCGAUAGCGUGCUGCAAGGCGUCAGCGUCCUGUACGGGAAGACGAUGACAGCAGACUGGUUAGAUCGCUGGGUACUCAAUGCUGGUCUCGUUGACUAUCGAUAG